CCCUGUCCGAUUCCUUUCCUAGAUGGUCCUAACCCCGGUUCUGCUAUAGUGGCUUCUGAAAUGCCAGUAUUCCUGUAUAUGUAGACCCUAUUCCUCCUACCAGGCUUUCGGACCACAGAGCCUCCCUUUGACUAUAUGUUAACGCCAGUAACACACGUCCCUACCUGUCAUUUCUCCUGUCAGAUCACAUUGGGUCUGGUAUGAUUAUCAGGAAGAUCAUCGUGAUCUAAGUUGUCUAUACCAACACCAUCCUGUUGUAUAUCGACAUCACUCACUGGGCUCCAGUCGGACCGUAACCAAUGGCAGCUGUUGUUGCACAUCAUCAGAGUGCAUUCUGGCCUCGACGAUCAGAGCAAAACAUGCAGCCGUUCAAUAUGGCCCAAUUUAUGCCUAGUUAUGGUCAGCCAACCAGGCAUAAUUCACUUCCUACGACAAAUAUCGGAUACCAGACUCGGUAUCAACAUCAGCACGAGAACCACCAUCACCAACAACAACAGCAGCAGCAGCAACAACAACAGCAGCAACAAGAGCAACAGCAACCUCAACAGCAACAACAACAACAUCAUCAUCAUCAUAGCCAGCCAGCGCCAGCGCCAACGCCUGUAUACAAUAAUGGACCAGUCGUGACGGCAGUUCCAUUCCAGUCUGGUACAUACGCCAUGGAGCACAAACCUGUUGUCACUGCCAUGCCCUUUCAGUCUGGUACAUUCGCAGUGGGCCCCAUUAGCAUGGCCAACUACAACGUACAACCGGGUUUCAAUCACAUGGGCCAGAUCAAUCAAGUCAACUACCAGCAUACCUUACCGCAUUCUCAACCCCAGCCACAGUCGCGAUUCGCGACUGCCACAGGAAUCAAUGUACCAAUCGUGAGAGAGGCCAAGAACGGUAUAUCGAUCUCCAGCCCUGUCGUCAAGUCAGAAGUCGGAUCGCCCACUCAACCAUCCCAGCUAUUUCAAAGUACAGAUCAACAAUUGGACAAAAAGGUCGAAAGCCACGCAGAAUUCAAUACAGAUGUGGAUACACUCAUGAAGGCCAUCCAACAAAAGUCCAAAGAUCCCAAGGAUGAGUCUUCCGUGUCUACUCCUAAGCCCGUCCCCAGCACGACCUCUGGUAGAAGGACCCUUAAGAAGCAGUAUGAAUGUACCGUCACCCGGAAUGGUAAGAAAUGCGGCAAACUUUUCACGCAAAAAACCCAUCUCGAAAUCCACAACCGCUCGCACACCAACGAACGGCCCUUCCCAUGCCACGCACCUGGUUGUGGAAAGUCUUUCUCACAACUGGGCAAUUUGCGCACGCACGAACGCCGGCACACAGGCGAACGUCCGUACCAGUGCGAUAUCUGCGGCAAGACCUUUGCGCAAAGGGGCAAUGUGCGCGCUCAUCAGGCGGUACAUGGGGGUGUGAAACCAUUCAUGUGCCGGCUGGACGACUGUGGGAAGACAUUCACGCAGCUUGGUAAUCUAAAGUCACAUCAAAAUAAAUUUCACUCCACCACAAUCCGUUAUUUGACAUCUAAGUUCAUGUCCACUUCGUCGUCCUCCAGCAUGACGCCUACUGAGAGGGACCUCUGGGACUAUUUUCAGAACUUGUACAAAAACUCCAACAAAGGCAUCAAAGGCCGCGGCAAGGAUCGGCGCAUAAACCCGUCAUCGACAUCUACAUCGGGACUAUGUUCAUCGCAACAGGGAUUGUCCACAUGGUCGUCAUCUUCAUCCACCGCCUCGUCCACGAACGAUAACAUCAUGGUAUCGAGCUCGAGCCAAUAUGGCAGUGAGAGAGCGAGUUCGCUAGGCUCAUCAGAGCAUGAAGGGGACACACAUGACCAUACUAGUAUCGCCACUGGCUACAACUUUGCAGCGCCGGUACCCAUGAACGGGGGUGUGGAUGUGAACGCUAGUGGGGGUUAUGUGGCAUACUCACAACAAGGAAAUGCUGGUUAUGGAGCUCCAGUAUACUCUGAGCGGAGCCCUUACUAGGUACAUGUGAAUAUGUGUGAAACGGACUAUACGAGUGUAAUGAUAUACAAUGGAGGGAUGACAUGGGGUGGCACGGCGUGGCGUCAAAAAAGCUUUUCUCAUAACAAAGCGCGAUAGGUAUGGAAAAAGCUUCGCAACAAAGGGUGGAUCUUUUGAGCGAUUCUUGGACUUUGUAUUUGGUCUAUUUUGGAAGUGUUCCGUUCUCAUGUUUAUGGUUCCUCGUGGAUUAUACAGACGGCCUUCUCGAUAUCCUCUUUUCGUCGUCUUGUACAUUCAUAGAUACUAUGUUAUCUCCCUUUCGAUACCCUUUUGCCACAGGCGAAUAUGAAAUUCCG